AAUUUCUUGAAAGUAAACAUUUAAUUAAUAUUAUUGAAGCUGCUAAUUUUGCAAAAAAUAAAUUACAAGAAUAUUAUCUAAGUUUAGAUGGAUUUGUAUAUAUAAUUUCAACAAUUAUAAAUUCAUAUUUUAAAAUGAGUUUUUAUAAAGAUAAUGCUUUUGAAGAUAAAUAUAUUCAAUUAUAUAAGCAACAAAUUAAAAAAUUAUGGAAAGAUAAAUAUAUAUCAGGUCAAAAUGAAAGAAAUUAUCAAUCAAUUGAUAGUUUAGAUAAUGUACAUUCAAAUGCAUUAAUGGCUCAUAUAUUUUAA